AUGGCCGAAACUGCUCCAACCGUUGACACAACCACUAGGCACAAUGUCGAAGCUGUGCCGAAGCAGCGGAAAGCUGCAGCAGCGAUCCAUUAUCCCUUCUGGUUCGGUGGAAGUGCGGCUUCAAUGGCUGCGGUAGUCACUCAUCCUCUGGACCUGGUCAAGGUCCGCCUACAAACCCGCCCUCCCAAUGCGCCCAAAACCACGCUCGGCACCUUCGCGUAUGUUUUCCGCAAUCAAGGGCUGUUAGGUCUAUACUCCGGUCUCUCAGCCGCUCUGCUUCGGCAAAUGACUUACUCGACCGUUCGAUUUGGCGUGUACGAAGACCUGAAGUCUCGAUUCGCCGUGCAGCCCACAGCUGAAAAUCCUAAGCCACAACAGCCUCUACUCAAUCUCAUUCUCAUGUCGUCGACCGCGGGACUCUUGGGCGGAAUAGCUGGCAAUCCCGGGGACGUACUCAACGUACGAAUGCAAUCCGACUUCACCAAGCCUCCCGAACUUCAACGAAACUACAAGCAUGCGCUCGACGGCCUACUACGAAUGAUCCGCGAAGAGGGGCCCAUGUCGAUAUUUCGCGGCGUGACCGCGAAUUCUACUAGAGCAUUACUCAUGAACGCCGCGCAGCUGGCGAGCUACGACGGGUUCAAAUCCGCGUUUAUAAACACUUUUGGAAUGGCCGACACGCUCAGCACGCACUUUUGCGCCUCGUUAGCGGCAGGUUUCGUCGCGACCACCACGUGCUCGCCCGUUGAUGUGAUCAAAACACGGGUCAUGUCCGCAGGGGGGAAGAUGGGCAUAUUCGAAAUCCUGACGCAGGCCAGCCAGAAGGAAGGCCUCCUGUGGAUGUUCCGCGGAUGGGUCCCGAGCUUUAUGCGCCUGGGCCCGCAGACGAUAUGUACAAUGGUUUUCUUCGAGCAGCACAAGAAAUGGUACCGGCACUUCAAAGGCAUUGAAGAAUAA